AUCGCGGGGAACUUCCUCCACAACAGUCGCUUUGGCAUUCAGAGAAUCAGCAUAAAUUAGUGAAAUAUCAAUUCAGAUAAUUAUCUCGAGUAUUCUCUAUGGAUCCAGAAAGUGGCGUCGAUUAUAACGAAAUCCUCCUCCAGAUCUCGACAAAUCUAGAGAAUGCGUUAAACACCUUUGGUCCCUCUUCUCGUCAAUACGAGACCGUCUUGGAAAUCCUCAAAGAAUGUCUCCGGAAUAUCAACAAUGACAAUGGACGGAAAUCCAAUGCUUUGGAUCCGGAUACAUUGAGUUUGGCAAUGGGCUUUUUGGAGAUUGGGAAAUAGUUCUCUCGAGAUCUACAGGAGCAAAAAAAAAAAAGUGGAUUGUUUAUAGAUUUGAUGGUUUGAUAUACAGAUACCCAGUGUUGCAUAUUUAUUUGCUUCAUUCUAUCCCAAGCAGGAUUGAAUUAGUUCUCGUGUUUUCUUUUCUUUUCCUCUCUUCUCUUCUCUUUCUAGCACCUGUUGAUAUAUCCCAGGAC